CCACGGGUUAAUUGUUCUCACUGUCAGGAAGUUUCUCCUUAGUUCCAGGUUGCUUCUCUCCUUGAUGAGUUUCCACCCGUUGCUUCUUGUCCUGCCUUCAGGAGCUUUGGAAAAUAAUAAAAUCCUGUCUUUAAGAUCGUUUAAGUUCCAGGCUCUCUGCGUAUUUUUAUGUUUUAUCUCUUUUUUUAAUGGAUUUUAUUUUAUUUUAUUUUGCAGGCCGCCCAAGGUCCCGUCGGAUUUGGACGGCUAUAACAAAUUUGAAUAAAUGAAGGGAAAGGCCAGUGUGGAAGAGUCAACGGAGACAAACCUUACAAUAGCUCCAGAGGUUUUCAGGCUGAUGCACAGCUGGGGAAGCUGGAAGCUGGGUUGAGUCAGACCUGCUUCCCCCUCACUCUUCCAAGCAGUGGGAUAUAACAACGGAAGCUGAUGUUGGCUGAAGUGGUUUGCUUGCUCGAUCAACCCUAAGACCAAAGAGCAGAUCGAAAGCCUGUUACGGAAUGGGAAGAAUAAGGAGCUACGGGACCGUCUCUGCCGCCGGCUGACCUUUGGGACCGCCGGCCUGCGCUCCGCCAUGGGGGCCGGCUUCUGCUACAUCAACGAUCUUACCGUGAUCCAGUCCACCCAGGGGAUGUACAAAUACCUUGAGCAAUGUUUUUCCGACUUCAAGCAACGUGGCUUUGUGGUGGGGUAUGACACCCGUGGCCAGGUGACCAGCAUGUGCAGCAGCUUCAGGCUUGCCAGGCUCACUGCAGCCGUCCUGCUGGCAAAAGGGGUUCCUGUUUACUUGUUCUCAAGAUACGUCCCCACGCCUUUUGUGCCGUAUGCGGUCCAGCAGCUCAGGGCCGUCGCAGGGGUGAUGAUUACCGCUUCCCACAACCGGAAAGAAGACAACGGCUACAAGGUCUACUGGGAAAACGGCGCCCAGAUCACCUCCCCGCACGACAAGGAGAUCCUAAAGUGCAUCGAAGAGUGCGUCGAGCCGUGGAACGACUCCUGGAACGAAAACCUGGUGGACUGCAGCCCCCUGACUCGAGAUCCCCUGCAGAAAAUCUGUGCAAGCUACAUGGAGGAUCUGAAAAAGAUCUGCUACCACCGAGAGACGAACGCAAAGACCCCCUUGAAAUUUGUGCACAGCUCUUUCCACGGGGUGGGACACGACUACGUGCAGCUGGCUUUCCAGGCCUUUGGCUUCCAGCCCCCCAUCCCAGUCCCCGAACAAAAAGAUCCGGAUCCAGACUUUUCCACAGUCAAAUGUCCCAACCCCGAAGAAGGAGAAUCGGUGUUGGAACUGUCUUUGCGGCUGGCGGAGAAAGAGGAAGCACGAGUGAUCGUGGCUACGGAUCCUGAUGCAGACAGGCUAGCGGUGGCCGAACGACAGGAAAAUGGGCGAUGGAAAGUCUUCACCGGAAACGAGCUGGCCGCUUUGUUUGGCUGGUGGAUGUUUACUUGUUGGAAGGAAAAUUCUCCCGAGGAAGCCGACGUGAGGGACGUUUACAUGCUGGCCACCACCGUCUCCUCCAAAAUCCUGCAGGCCAUCGCUCUGAAGGAAGGGUUUCAUUUUGAAGAGACCCUCCCCGGCUUCAAAUGGAUCGGCAGCAGGGUUAAGGAUCUGGUGGACAGCGGCAAAGAAGUCCUUUUCGCCUUCGAGGAAUCCAUCGGCUUCAUGUGCGGCACUUCCGUGCUGGACAAAGAUGGCGUCAGCGCGGCUGUGGUCAUAGCAGAAAUGGCUGCCUGGCUGGACACCAAGGGCCAAACGCUGGCCCGUCAGCUAACGGAGAUCUAUAAAACGUAUGGCUACCACAUUUCAAAAACCUCCUACUUCCUGUGUUAUGAUCCCCCUACAAUCAAAAGGAUAUUUGAAAGGCUCCGAAACUUCGAUAUGCCUGAUUCGUACCCAACCUCUUGUGGCACUUAUAGUAUUCUCCAUGUCCGGGAUGUCACCACCGGCUACGACAGCAGCCAGUUAAAGAAAAAAUCGGUGUUGCCCAUCAGCAAAAACAGCCAGAUGGUCACCUUCACCUUCCAAAAUGGCUGCGUGGCCACCCUGCGGACCAGCGGGACCGAACCCAAGAUUAAGUACUACGCCGAGAUGUGUGCGCCGCCAGGCCAGAGCGACGUCAGCGUGUUGGAAGAGGACCUGACAAAGCUCAUCGGGGCCCUGGUGGAGCAGUUCCUGGAGCCCAGCAAGAACCAACUCACCUGGCGCUGUGUGUAGCCGCCCCCUCCCCACCCCUCGUCGGCGUUCUUCCUCCUCCCGCUGUGUCCUGCGGAAUCCGGGAACCGAGCGCCAAGCCUCCUCUCCUUGCAUUCAUAUUCAUAGGCGUCUGUGAGUUGUUCGCUGCGCGGAGUGUCUGCCGCGUCCCUUCGCCAGCAUCCCGAAGCAGUCACAAUGUCGUCAGCUUAGUUGUAACCAAGUAGUAUCCUGCUUUGCCUCCGGCCGGAGAUGCCCGCAAGAGAGACGGAACCGGUGUGAGGGGGGGGGGUGUCUCUGGCACCAGCUUCCGAUGUUGUUCCUGCCCCGCAGCGAAGACCGGCUGUCUAAAUAUUCUUGGCUCUACCACAGUGUUUCUCAACCUUGACCAUUUUAAGGCAUGUGGACUUCAACUCCCAGAAUUUUAAGGCAUGUGGACUUCAACUCCCAGAAUUCCACAGCCAGCGUUGCUGGCUGUGGAAUUCUGGGAGUUGAAGUCCACAUGCCUUAAAAUGGUCAAGGUUGAGAAACACUGCAGUCUACAAAGAUCCUUCCGGAGCUGGGAUAACAGUUAGAUUGCGGAAGAAUAAUUGUGUUAAGUCUAAAAAAAAAAAAAAAA